AUGAUGGACGUCUACGAGUGGAUGAAGGCCAGGCCCGUCGUCGCGGGGGCCCUGCUGCUCGUGGCGGUCCCUGCUUCGAUGUUCCUCGGCCCCGUGUUGCUCUUCCUCGCUGUGCUGGGGGCGCCGAUCAUCAUCCCCGCGACCCUCCUCGCCAUGGGUCUGGUGUUUGCCAGCUACAAGGCGUCCCCGGGCGACCUUCUGGCCAAGGCGGCCCCUUUUGCCUCGCCGAAGAAGCCGGCUCCUCAGGCCGCCAGAAUCGUCGCCAGCAGCGCGGACCCUGCGCAGAAGCCGGCGGUCGAGCAGGCGCCUAAGAAGGCCACCGGGAACGGCACGGCGGCGCCACCGAAGAAGCCGAUCAAGGCCGGGGACCCCGUGCCGGUCUACUCUGCGUUCGAGGACCCCGUGGCGAAGAGCGCGGCGUUCGACGAGAUCGCGCGGCACUUCCGGGAGCGCAUCCUGAUCAUUGACGGCGCGAUGGGGACGUGCAUCCAGGGGUACAAGCUGCAGGAGGCGGACUUCCGUGGGGAGCAGUUUGCGUCGCACGGGCACGAGCUGAAGGGGAACAACGACCUGCUGGUGCUGACGCGGCCGGACGUGAUCAAGGGCAUCCACAAGGAGUACCUGGACGCCGGGGCGGACAUCAUCGAGACGAACACGUUCAACGGGACGUGGAUCUCGCAGGCGGACUACGAGCUGGACAAGAAGGAGGUGGUGUACCAGAUCAACAAGGAGGCGGCGCGGCUGGCGAAGGAGGCGGCGGCGGAGGCGACGGCGGCGGACCCGGGGAAGCCGCGGUGGGUGGCGGGGGCGAUGGGGCCGACGAACAAGACGCUGUCGGUGUCGCCGGACGUGGAGAACCCGGCGGUGCGCGGGAUCACGUUUGACGAGGUGGAGGCGGCGUACUACGAGCAGGCGGAGGGUCUGUGGGACGGCGGCGUGGACCUGUUUUUGGUGGAGACGAUCUUCGACACGCUGAACGCCAAGGCGGCGCUGUACGCGCUGGAGCGCUUCUUCGUGGACAAGGGGAAGCGGAUCCCGGUGCUGGUGUCGGGCACGAUCGUGGACAAGAGCGGGCGGACGCUGUCGGGGCAGACGAACGAGGCGUUCUGGAACUCGAUCAGCCACGCCAAGCCGCUGGGCGUGGGGCUUAACUGCGCGCUGGGGGCGGAGGACAUGAAGCCGUACAUCGAGAACCUGAGCAAGUGCGCGGACUGCUGGGUGUUUUGCUACCCGAACGCGGGGCUGCCGAACGCCAUGGGCGGGUACGACCAGAAGCCCGAGGCGAUGGCGGCGGAGAUCGAGCCGAUGGCGGCGGCGGGCCUGCUGAACGCGAUCGGCGGGUGCUGCGGGAGCAGCCCGGCGCACAUCGCGGCGAUCGCGCAGAUGGCGAAGAAGCACGCGCCGCGGCGGCUGCACGAGGUGGAGGAGCUGAUGCGGCUGUCGGGGCUGGAGCCGCUGAACUACCGUCCGAGCGCGGAGGACAUGCGGGCGAGCUUCCUGAACCUGGGCGAGCGGUGCAACGUGGCGGGGUCGCGGAUCUUCAAGAACGCCAUCGUGGACGGCAACUGGGAGAAGGCGCUGGCCAUCGCCAAGAAGCAGGUGGAGAACGGGGCGCACGUGCUGGACAUCAACAUGGACGACGGGCUGAUCGACGGCGUGGCGGCGAUGACGAAGAUGGUCAACCUGAUCGUGUCGGACCCGGAGAUCAGCAAGGUGCCGCUGAUGAUUGACAGCAGCAAGUUCCACAUCGUCGAGGCCGGGCUCAAGUGCAGCCAGGGCAAGUGCAUCGUCAACUCCAUCUCGCUCAAGGAGGGCGAGGACGCCUUCAAGCGGCAGGCCACCAUCGUCAAGCGGCACGGCGCGGCGGUGGUGGUGAUGGCCUUCGACGAGCAGGGGCAGGCCGCCGGGUACGAGGACAAGGUCGCCAUGUGCUGCCGGGCGUACCGGAUCCUGGUGGAGGAGGUGGGCUUCAACCCGCAGGACAUCAUCUUCGACCCCAACAUCCUGACCAUCGGCACGGGCAUGGCGGAGCACAACAACUACGCGGUGGACUUUAUCCGCGCGACGCGGGAGAUCAAGCGGCUGUGUCCGGGCAGCAAGAUCUCGGGCGGGGUGUCGAACAUCGCGUUCAGCUUCCGCGGGAACGAGGCGGUGCGGCGGGGCUUCCACUCGGCGUUCCUGUACCACGCGUGCAAGGCGGGCAUGGACAUGGGCAUCGUGAACACGGUGCAGGUGAACGAGGACGUGUACGAGAAGAUGGACAAGGAGCUGCUCGGGUACAUCGAGGACGUGCUGCUGAACCGGCGGGCCGACUCGACGGAGCGCAUGCUGGAGUACGCGGCGACGCUGGACCCGAAGUGCCACCCGACGGCCGUGCGCAAGCUGGGCGAGGAGGACGGCCCGAAGAUCAGCGCCAAGGUCAACCCGAAGCCCCAGGGCUUCGACCCCCUGGCCCCGCCGGAGACCCUCCCGCCCACACCGCGCUACUCUGCGUACCAGGACACCGUGGCGAAGAGCGCGGCGUUCGACGAGAUCGCGCGGCACUUCCGGGAGCGCAUCCUGAUCAUUGACGGCGCGAUGGGGACGUGCAUCCAGGGGUACAAGCUGCAGGAGGCGGACUUCCGUGGGGAGCAGUUUGCGUCGCACGGGCACGAGCUGAAGGGGAACAACGACCUGCUGGUGCUGACGCGGCCGGACGUGAUCAAGGGCAUCCACAAGGAGUACCUGGACGCCGGGGCGGACAUCAUCGAGACGAACACGUUCAACGGGACGUGGAUCUCGCAGGCGGACUACGAGCUGGACAAGAAGGAGGUGGUGUACCAGAUCAACAAGGAGGCGGCGCGGCUGGCGAAGGAGGCGGCGGCGGAGGCGACGGCGGCGGACCCGGGGAAGCCGCGGUGGGUGGCGGGGGCGAUGGGGCCGACGAACAAGACGCUGUCGGUGUCGCCGGACGUGGAGAACCCGGCGGUGCGCGGGAUCACGUUUGACGAGGUGGAGGCGGCGUACUACGAGCAGGCGGAGGGUCUGUGGGACGGCGGCGUGGACCUGUUUUUGGUGGAGACGAUCUUCGACACGCUGAACGCCAAGGCGGCGCUGUACGCGCUGGAGCGCUUCUUCGUGGACAAGGGGAAGCGGAUCCCGGUGCUGGUGUCGGGCACGAUCGUGGACAAGAGCGGGCGGACGCUGUCGGGGCAGACGAACGAGGCGUUCUGGAACUCGAUCAGCCACGCCAAGCCGCUGGGCGUGGGGCUUAACUGCGCGCUGGGGGCGGAGGACAUGAAGCCGUACAUCGAGAACCUGAGCAAGUGCGCGGACUGCUGGGUGUUUUGCUACCCGAACGCGGGGCUGCCGAACGCCAUGGGCGGGUACGACCAGAAGCCCGAGGCGAUGGCGGCGGAGAUCGAGCCGAUGGCGGCGGCGGGCCUGCUGAACGCGAUCGGCGGGUGCUGCGGGAGCAGCCCGGCGCACAUCGCGGCGAUCGCGCAGAUGGCGAAGCAGCACGCGCCGCGGCGGCUGCACGAGGUGGAGGAGCUGAUGCGGCUGUCGGGGCUGGAGCCGCUGAACUACCGUCCGAGCGCGGAGGACAUGCGGGCGAGCUUCCUGAACCUGGGCGAGCGGUGCAACGUGGCGGGGUCGCGGAUCUUCAAGAACGCCAUCGUGGACGGCAACUGGGAGAAGGCGCUGGCCAUCGCCAAGAAGCAGGUGGAGAACGGGGCGCACGUGCUGGACAUCAACAUGGACGACGGGCUGAUCGACGGCGUGGCGGCGAUGACGAAGAUGGUCAACCUGAUCGUGUCGGACCCGGAGAUCAGCAAGGUGCCGCUGAUGAUUGACAGCAGCAAGUUCCACAUCGUCGAGGCCGGGCUCAAGUGCAGCCAGGGCAAGUGCAUCGUCAACUCCAUCUCGCUCAAGGAGGGCGAGGACGCCUUCAAGCGGCAGGCCACCAUCGUCAAGCGGCACGGCGCGGCGGUGGUGGUGAUGGCCUUUGACGAGCAGGGGCAGGCGGCGAACUUUGACGAGAAGGUGUCGAUGUGCUGCCGGGCGUACCGGAUCCUGGUGGAGGAGGUGGGCUUCAACCCGCAGGACAUCAUCUUCGACCCCAACAUCCUGACCAUCGGCACGGGCAUGGCGGAGCACAACAACUACGCGGUGGACUUUAUCCGUGCGACGCGGGAGAUCAAGCGGCUGUGUCCGGGCAGCAAGAUCUCGGGCGGGGUGUCGAACAUCGCGUUCAGCUUCCGCGGGAACGAGGCGGUGCGGCGGGGCUUCCACUCGGCGUUCCUGUACCACGCGUGCAAGGCGGGCAUGGACAUGGGCAUCGUGAACACGGUGCAGGUGAACGAGGACGUGUACGAGAAGAUGGACAAGGAGCUGCUCGGAUACAUCGAGGACGUGCUGCUGAACCUGUGCGACAACGCCACGGAGCGCAUGCUGGAGUACGCGGCGACGCUGGACCCGAAGUGCCACCCGACGGCCGUGCGCAAGGCCGGGAACGCCGCCGGGAAGAGCGGCGGCGGCCCGAAGAAGGCUGGCGCCGCGUGGCGCGACGACCCGGUUGCGAAGCGCAUCGAGUACGCGCUGAUUAAGGGCACGGACGAGUUCAUCAUUGCCGACACGGAGGAGUGCCGGACGUGCGGCAAGUACGAGAAGCCGCUCGAGGUGAUCGAGGGGCCGCUGAUGGACGGGAUGAACGUGGUGGGCGACCUGUUCGGCGCGGGCAAGAUGUUUUUGCCGCAGGUGAUCAAGUCUGCGCGCGUGAUGAAGAAGGCGGUGGGCCACCUGGUGCCGUACAUCGAGGAGGAGAAGGAGAAGAACCGCAAGGCCGGGGACGUCGUCGAGGACGACCGCGGCGCGGGCGUGGUGGUGAUCGCGACGGUCAAGGGCGACGUGCACGACAUUGGCAAGAACAUCGUCUCGGUGGUGCUGGGGUGCAACAACUUCAAGGUCAUCGACCUCGGCGUGAUGCAGCCGUGGGAGAACAUCAUCGAGGCGUGCAAGACGCACCGCGCGGACAUCCUCGGGCUGUCGGGGCUCAUCACGCCGUCGCUGGACGAGAUGGUGACGGUGGCGCAGAAGAUGAAGGACAACGGGGUGCAGAUCCCGCUGCUGAUCGGCGGCGCGACGACGUCGAAGAUGCACACGGCGGUGAAGAUCGCGCCGCAGCUCGAGUCGCCCGUGGUGUACGUGCUCGACGCGUCGCGCUCGGUGCCCGUGGCACAGUCGCUGCUGGACCCGAAGCACAAGCUCGGGUUCGCGGAGGACGUCGCGGAGCAGUACGCCGAGAUGCGCGAGGAGUUCUACGCGGGGCUGGAGGACCGCAAGUACCUCACGAUCGAGGAGGCGCGCGCGUCGCGCUUCCAGGUGGACUGGAAGGCCCCCGAGAACACCCCCCCGGUGCCCAAGCUGGUCGGGACCAAGGUGUUCAAGGAGUUCCCGAUCGAGGACGUGCUGGACUACAUCGACUGGAACCCGUUCUUCCAGGUCUGGCAGCUGCGCGGGCGCUACCCCAACCGCGGGUACCCCAAGAUCUUCAACGACAAGACGGUCGGCGAGGAGGCCAAGAAGCUCUACGCCGAGGCGCAGGCGAUGCUCAAGGACUUCAUGGAGAACAAGCGCGUCCGCCUGCAGGGCAUGCUCGGCAUCUACCCGGCGAACGCCGUCGGCGACGACAUCGAGCUGUACGAGGACGAGGGCCGCGCCAGCGUCAAGUGCAAGUUCUACGGGCUGCGGCAGCAGGUGGAGGUCGAGGACAAGCCGUACACGUGCAUCUCGGACUUCGUCGCGCCGAAGAGCUCGGGCCUGAAGGACUACAUGGGCAUGUUUGUGGUGACGGCGGGCGACGGGCUGGACGAGGUCACGAAGAAGUACAAGGAGGCCGGGGACGACUACAACUACAUCAUGGCCGAGGCCAUCGCGGACCGGCUGGCCGAGGCGUUCGCGGAGAAGCUCCACGAGGUGGUCCGCAAGGAGCUGUGGGGUUACGCGCCCGACGAGAGCCUGUCGUGCGACGACCUCCUCAAGGUCAAGUACCAGGGCAUCCGGCCGGCGCCCGGGUACCCGUCGCAGCCGGACCACACGGAGAAGGAGACGAUGUGGGAGCUGAUGAACGUGCAGGACGAGAUUGGCGUGUCGCUGACCGAGUCGCUGGCCAUGCUGCCCGCGGCGUCGGUCUCGGGGCUGAUCUUCGCCGGCAAGGCCAGCCACUACUUCUCCGUGGGCAAGAUCACGCCCGAGCAGGUCGCGGACUAUGCCGACCGCAAGGGCAAAGACAGGGCCGUCAUGGAGAAGUGGCUCGGGCCCUCGCUCAACUACGCGCCCUGA